CGCCCGGAAGAUGGCGGCGUCCACGAGUGUGGAGUCGCGGGGCCCCGGCGGCUCCCGGCGGCGCGUGGGUCGCGAGAAGCGUCCCGGCGGGCGCGGGCCUGGGGGCGACAGGGCCGGAACCCUGAAGCGGCUAAAGCUAGCAGUGGAGGAGUUCGUGCAGGCGUUCUCCGAGGGCCAGCCCCCACGCGGCCGCGAGGGGCCCCUGGCGGAGCGGAGCGCGCGGCCGGGCGGCAGGAGGAACCGCAGGGAGCUGAAAAAGGAAAAGCGGCGACUGAAGAAGGCGCGCCGGCUGCAGAGGACUGCGGGCCCCGCGCAGGGCCCGGGCGGCGGGGCCGAGGCAGCGAGCGGGCACCAGGCGGAGGGCGCUAAGGGGUCGGGCGGCCAGACGUCCCCGCCGCGUCGGGCCCCACGGCCGCCACAGGCCUCGCCGCCUCCCCCGGCCCCAGCGAAGGCCAAGGCCUCCCGGGCCAAGAACUCCCCGGCCAAGGCCAAGGCCAAGGCCGCCCCAGCCAGGGCCGCCCCCAGGGGCACCCGGCCCUCGGCCGCCGCCAGCGCCGCUCGGAAACGGGCGCUCCUUGCGGCCAACGAGGAGGAGGACCGAGAGAUCCGGAAGCUGGAGCGCUGUCUGGGCUUAAACAAGCGCAGGAGGAAGGGCGACGCCAGCUCUGUGCCUCUCAGCUUCGCCCGCGACGGGCUCGACUACAUCCUGGGAGCCCUGGGGUCCGGGGACGGCAGUGGCUUGUAUGACAGCAGCAGUGAGGAGGAGGGGGACCCCGGACAGACGGCCCGCGAGAGCGACGGAGAGAGUGUCUCCGGGGGCGGGAGCGACAGCAAGAGCGACGCCGUGGACGGGAGCGACCGGGAGAGCAUCGCCGGGGACGGGAGCGACAGCGACAGCGACGCCCGGGACGGGAGCGACCGGGAGAGCAUCUCCGGGGACGGGAGCGACGACGACAGCGACGCCCGGGACCGGAGCGGGGAACAAGAGGACGAGCAGGAGCAGGAGGAUGUACAGAAGAAAAAGGGAAAACAAGGAGGAGAAGGGAGCGCGAAGGGGAAACGCCGGACGAAGAGAGUCCGCUUUGCGGAGGAUGAAGGCAGGCCUGAAAAUCCCCCGGAGGAUGCUGACGCGGCACAGCAGCAGCGUCCGAGUGACGACAGCGAGAAGUAUGUCCCCCCGCACGUGCGGAGAGCCGAGGAGGCCGUGGACGCCCAGAAACAGGAGGAGAGGCAAAGGCUCCAGAAGCAGGUCCAAGGCCUGAUCAACAGGCUGAGCGAGCCCAACCUGGCGUCCAUCAGCGGGCAGCUGGAGGAGUUGUACAUGCGGCACAGCCGGAGGGACGUGAGUGACACCCUGACGCGGGCCAUCCUGAGCGCCUGUGCCCCGGACUGGGCCGCACCCGGCCGGCUGGUGAUGGAGCACGUCCUCCUGGUCAGCGUCCUGCACCGCACAGUGGGCAUCGAGGUCGGGGCGCACUUCCUGGAGGCCGUGGUGAGGCGGUUCGACGGCGCGUACCGAGCGGGCGGCGCGGGCAAGGAGUGCGACAACCUGCUCACGGUCCUCGCCCACCUGUACGGCUUCCGCGUGGUGCAGUGCCCGCUCGUCUUCGACCUGCUGCGCAGGCUCGUGGGGGCGUUCUCGGAGAAGGACGUGGAGCUGGCCCUGCUGCUGCUGAGGACGGUGGGCUUCGUGCUGAGGAAGGACGACGCGCUGGCCCUCAAGGAGCUGAUCGCCGAGGCCCAGGCCAAGGCCCAGGCCGCCCGGGCAGACGGCAGGUUCCAGGACCAGACCCGGGUGCGGUUCAUGCUGGAGACCAUGCUGGCGCUGCGGAACAACGACGUGCGGAAGAUCCCGGGCUACGACCCCGAGCCCGCCGAGCGGCUGCGGAAGCUGCAGGGGGCUCUGGUGCGCGGCACUGGCUCGGGCACAGACUCUCAGCUGCGCGUGUCCUGGGACAGCGUCCUCAACGCCCCACAGACUGGGCGCUGGUGGAUCGUGGGAUCCGCCUGGAGCGGGACCCCAAUGAUCGACAGCAGCCAGCACAAGGCCCCGCAGGAGCCGCCGGCGGGCACGGUCAGCGCCAAGAUGCUGGAGCUCGCCCGGAAGCAGAGGAUGAACACGGACGUCAGGAGAAGCAUCUUCUGCACAAUCAUGAGCAGCGAGGACUUCCUGGACGCGUUCGAGAAGCUCCUGAAGCUCGGGCUCAAGGACCAGCAGGAGCGGGAGGUGGUGCACGUGCUCGUGGACUGCUGCCUGCAGGAGAGGAGCUACAACCCUUUCUACGCCUUCCUGGCCAGCAAGCUCUGCAGCUACGAGAGGAGGUUCCAGAUGACUUUCCAGUUCAGCAUCUGGGACAAGUUUCGGGACUUGGAGAACUUGCCAGCCACUAGCUCCUCCAACCUGGUUCACCUGGUGGCCCACUUGUUGAAGACGAAGUCCCUUCCCCUUUCCAUCCUCAAGGUGGUCGAGUUCAGCGAACUGGACAAGCCCAGAGUCCACUUUCUGCGGAGCGUGCUGUACAUGCUGCUGAUGGAAACAGAAGCUGAAGACCUGGGUGUGAUCUUCGCCAGGGUGUCCGACAACCCGAAGCUGGGCAUGCUGCGCGAGGGCCUGAAGCUCUUCAUCGGCCACUUCCUGCUGAAGGGUGCGCAGGCACCCCGCAGCCCUGAGGAGGCCAGCGCGCUGCGGGAACGGGCGGAGCUCUCCACCCGGGCGCUGCAGGGCAGGGCCGCGCUGAGGAUGUAGGGUGGCCGGGGCCUGUGUGCGGCUCCACAGACUGGGGCGGGGAGAGGAGAGCCCCCCACGGCCCGGCCCACUGUGCUCCAGCUGCUGCGUUCUGAGACGUUUCUGGAUCCCAGGCUGUGCGUGUGCUGUAGACACUCGUGUGCGUGUGGGAGGCGCGGGCCGGCACGGGACAGGGCUCUCUCAGUGACGAGACAGGCGGCGUGCACAUGUGGGCGCACGAGUGUGCCCCUCGCUUCUGCGUAGACGGACGAGGCGGGCCGCGGGAGGGGGCAGUUAGUGACAGAGACGGGGGCUCGAUCCCCACGUGCCUGUCAGUGCAGAGUUCAGAGACCGCCGGUGACGCGUGGUGCCUGCCCCUCUGCUGAGUGUGAGGCGUUGGGCACACACAUGUCCGGGACCGUCAGUGGCGGCCAGGCGUGGCCCCGUGUGUGUGUGUGUGUGUGUGUGUGUGUGUGUGUGUGCGCGCGGGCCGUGCGACUCGGCGAGGCGCGGGCCGUUGUGCACUGCCCUGAACCCCCUCAAGGGGCUUCCGGGGACCGGUGCUGGGCAGCGACUGGGGUUCGGGGGACUGGUGCCCGCCGGGACCAGCCUGCACCCAGUGAGGCGCACGCCACCUGCGGACAGCUGAGCCUGUGGCGCCCCUGCCCCCCGCCGAGAGUCCCGCGUGUCCGCACUUUCGGCCCUCAGGUGUGCAUCCCUCCCAGGCGCCGUGGGCCCGACGUGACCGUCACCCUUGGUGGGCACAGGGGGUGCCGUGUGCCCAGGAGAGAACCGGUCAUGCCGCAUGCACACGAGCUGCCCUCCGCGGCAGCCACAUGGGCAGCUGCCCGGCCUGAGGGAGCCCCCGUCGGGCCCCCUCCUCACACCCUCACGCAGCACCGACCACCCUGUGGCAGCUCGGGGCCGGGACCUGGCAUGCGUCCCGAGGUAUGCGGGCACCUGACCUGGCGGACCAGUCUGACCGUGCAGGAGACACCGGGAACCCGGAGCCGGUGCCCUGCCUGCCGCUGCCCCCGGGGCCCAAGUGCACGGGACAGCCGCGUCCCCGCAGGCUCGGGGCCUGGGCGGCGAGAGGGCUGAGAGGUGGAGGGCGCUGCUGGCCGGUGACCGGGUGUGAGGCCGGUGCCACCCGAGGGGCCGGGGCCGGAGUGUCCGCCCGCUCUGGCACAGGCUCCCGUGUCCUCGUGGGUGACUGUUCGCGCUGACGGGGAUGCGGGCCCCAAGCUCAGCCGGGUGGUCCCUGCGACCUGCUGGUCACAGGUGACGCCACAGGCCCAGAGCGCAGGCGGGGGGGUGGUUUCUGAGACGCCCUCACAGACGGGCCUCGGAAGCCUGCGCCCGUGAGUGAAGGGCCGGGCGGGCGGGAAGCUUCCAAGGACCGGCCGCCCUCGUCCAGGUCGGGGUGUGGCCCUGUGGGGCCUGUGGAGGUCGGGAUCGAGGGCGCAGGCCACCGCUCCAGGGGUGGCCCGAGGACCCUGGCGGAGAGUGGAGGGUGAGGAAGGGGACGAGACCCCGGAGCCCGCCCGAGUGUCUGAUGCAGGCCGAGCGCCCGGGCCGGGAGUCAGCAGAGUGGGGCACGGCGCAGGCCCAGCGGCCCCGGGGCGGGCGGGUGGGGGGGGCAGGCAGUGUCCCUGGGGCCCCUGAAGAGCCUCCUGACGGAGCCCGAGGGGAGGCCCCAGGCGGCCGGUCUUCCUGGGAACGUGCAGAGGCCUGGGAACGGGAGCCCCGCCGUUUCUCACCCUGUCCGGUGCCCCCAACUGCCCGGCCAGAAGGGCGGGCCCACGAGGUGCCAUUUGUCUCUCGGGGCGCCGGGCGGACGGUAAGAAGUGAAGCUGGCGAGAUAAGGCGGUGACAGGGAGACGGGGUUGGCUCGGAGCUCGCUGCGGGGGCCUCGGGGGCCUGCGGGCGGGGGUGUCCGGAAGACAAAGCCUCGAGUGUCCCGUCCCAGAGCGGGCGUGCGGCCUUGAGCGCGGCCAGCGGGGGCGUGUGGGCCCCCGAUCCCCCGUGGGCGCAUCCGGCCGCUGCUUUCCCACUCCCCCACCCACCCACCGCCCAGCUCCCUUCACUCCCGCCCCCAGGAGCCAGCUCGAGACCCCUCUGCUGGCCCCUGGGGCUCCUGUGUGACCCCCAGCCCCUCGCCUGGGCCUGCUGCCCGCUGGCCCACGGCUGGAGCGGGGACCCGGACGCCCCUCAGUGGGCCGAGCUCAGCCCAGACCCGGGGAGGGACUCCGCUCUGGCCCGAGGGAAACGGGCAGGUUUGAAAACCGUCCUCCGGCCCCGGCUGGUGCGGCUCGGGGGGGCUGAGCGCCAGCCUGUGCACUGAAGGGUCACCGGUUCAAUUCCCAGCCAGGUCACAGGGCCAGGGCUAUGGGCCAGGCCCCCAGUAUGGGGCGUCGUGGAAGAAGCAACAGAUCCGUGAUCCCCUCUCUGUAAAAGCUAAAUAAAAUAUUUUCUAAGAAACCGUUCUCCGUAGAAA